AUGUCAGAAGCAAUUCCGUCCCAGCGCCUGUUGAAUAAGGUUUGUAUAGUGACUGGAUCAUCUUCAGGUCUCGGGCGGGCUAUUUCUCUGGCAUAUGCUCAAGAGGGCGCGAUUGUUGUCUGUGUCGAUUUGAGGCCAGGUGCCCGACAAGAAAUAAAAUCCGAACAGGAAAUAGAAACGGAUGUCUUGAUUCGACAGAAAGGAGGGCAGGCUAUGUUUAUAAAAGCAGAUGUAAGCGAUGCGGUUGAGAUUGAGGCCAUGGUCAAAGCGACAGUUGCUCAUUAUGGACGCAUCGACGUGUUGGUCAAUAACGCCGGCAUAUCUAUUGAGGCAGGACAGAAGGCUCUCAAAAUUCAUGAGACACCCGAGCAGUGGUGGGAUAUGACUAUGUCCGUGAACACGAAGUCCGUCUUUUUGGCGACUAAAUACGUCGUUGGUCAAAUGCUGCGCCAAGAUAAGCUUGUUUCGGGAGACCGCGGCUGGAUCAUUAAUGUUUCUUCCAUCUUUGGUUUGGUCGGUGGUAAAUACAUACCGUGUUACGCAGCGUCUAAAGGAGCAGUAGCAAACUUAACAAGGCAGGUCGCGAUGGACUAUGCUGAAGAUGGGAUUCAUUGCAAUGCCAUCUGCCCUGGAUAUACUGCUACAGCCAUUUUUGUCAAUACGACCCAAAUUCAUGACGCAGAAGAGAUUCGACGGCGCCACCCGUUGCAUGGAAUCGGUAUGCCGGAUGAUGUAGCCGGAGCUGCUGUUUUUCUUGCGAGCAGCGAAGCGCGAUGGAUAACAGGGGCCAUGCUUCCUGUCGAUGGAGGUUUCACAGCACAAUGAUGCAUUCUGGCUUGUAAUAUCCAUAGAAUAAGUGGGUUCGAUCGUUCGUAGAGCGAACUGCGAUGCACGCAACGAGAUAUAGACUAUGUCGUAGUUCCAAAAAUUAAGACAAUCGG